AUGAGCCGGCAACUGAACAUCAAGUCUGGUGGCGACAAGGGUGGCUUCAGUGGGUACUCGGCAGUGGGGCUGAGGAAGGCUGUGGGCAGUGCGGCUUCUUACCGUGCAGCUGGCAAAGGAGCUGGGGCUGACUUUGGCAGCUGAAGCCUCUACAUUCUCGGAGGGAAUAGGUGUAUUUCCCUCAAUGUGGCUGGUAACAGCGUUCGGACUGGAGGUUACAGCUUUGGGCUUGGCUCUGGGUAUGGAGGGGGCUGGGCCAGUGGUUUUGCCGGCAGCGUGUUUGGCAGUGUGGCCCUGGGGCCCAUGUGCCCAUCCAUGUGCCCACCUGGGAGCAACCAGGUCACUGUCAACAAGAGCCUCCUGGCCCCCCUCAAUGUGGAGCUGGACCCCGAGAUCCAGAAGGUGCGUGCCCAGGAGUGGGAGGAGAUCAAGGCGCUGAACAGGUUUGCCUCCUUGAUCGACAAGGUGCGGUUCCUGGAGCAGCAGAACCAGGUGCUGGAGACCAAGUGGGAGCUCCUGCAGCAGCUGGACCUGAACAACUGCAAGAACAGCCUGGAGCCCAUCCUCGAGGGCUGCACCAGCAACCUGCGCAAGCAGCUGGAGACGCUGUCCGGGGACCGGGUGAGGCUGCACUUGGAGCUGAAGGGCAUGCGGGACCUGGUGGGGGACUACAAGAAGAGGUAUGAGAUGGGGAUUAAUCGGCGCACGGCAGCUGAGAACGAGUUUGUGGUGCUCAAGAAGGAUGCAGAUGCAGCCUACAAGGUCAAGGUGGAGCUCCAGGCCAAAGAGGACUCUCUGGACAAAGAUAUCAAGUUCCUCAAAUGUCUGUAUGAUGCGCAAAAACACCAGUAA